GCGGAGCGGCUCGGGCUGCCGGGGAGGCCCGGCUCCCUCCGGACGCCCGGCCAACGGCGGCGGCGGCGGCGAGCCCGCGGCCCUGCCGGGAGGGAGAGCGGCGCCGCGGUGCUCCCGGGCGGGCGGCGCGGCGAGCAGUUCCAGAGAACUGCUGGUUUAUGUUUUAGCUCUUGCCAAGUUGUGAAAAUAGUGAAGGAUGCUUAGACUACCUAACAUUCAAAUUGCUCUCUGGUUAAUCAUCUUUAGAAGACUGGAUUUCUGGACAUCAUCUCCAUUCUUCUAUUGACUUUUAAGAUAUGAUAAUGCAAACCUUUAACACUGGCAAUCAUCCAUGAACCUUUAAUUGCACUGGUUAAUAGUGUUUCAAGCUUCCUCAGGGAAUAUACAAUGACAUCAGCUGUGGUUGACAGUGGAGGAGGUUCUGUUUUGGAGCUUUCCAGCAGUGGAAUAGAGAAUCAAGAGGAAAGUGAGAAGGUUUCUGACUAUCCAGCAGUGAUUGUGGAGCCAGUUCCGAGUGCCAGAUUAGAGCAGGGCUAUGCCGCCCAGGUUCUGGUUUAUGAUGAUGAGACUUAUAUGAUGCAAGAUGUGGCAGAAGAACAAGAAGUUGAGACCGAGAAUGUGGAAACAGUGGAAGCAUCAGUUCAUAGCAGUAAUGCACACUGCACAGAUAAGACGAUUGAAGCUGCUGAAGCCCUGCUUCAUAUGGAAUCUCCUACCUGCUUGAGGGAUUCAAGAAGUCCUGUGGAAGUGUUUGUCCCUCCUUGUGUAUCAACUCCAGAAUUUAUCCAUGCUGCUAUGAGGCCAGAUGUCAUUACAGAAACUGUAGUGGAGGUGUCAACUGAAGAAUCUGAACCAAUGGAUACCUCUCCUAUUCCUACAUCACCAGAUAGCCACGAACCAAUGAAAAAGAAAAAAGUUGGCCGUAAACCGAAGACCCAGCAAUCACCAAUUUCCAAUGGGUCUCCUGAGUUGGGUAUAAAGAAGAAACCCAGAGAAGGAAAAGGAAACACAACCUACUUGUGGGAGUUUCUUUUAGAUCUACUUCAAGAUAAAAAUACUUGUCCCCGGUAUAUUAAGUGGACUCAGAGAGAAAAGGGCAUAUUCAAGCUUGUGGAUUCAAAGGCUGUCUCUAAGCUUUGGGGAAAACAUAAGAACAAGCCAGACAUGAACUAUGAAACUAUGGGACGAGCUUUGAGAUAUUAUUACCAAAGGGGCAUUCUUGCAAAGGUUGAAGGACAGAGGCUUGUUUAUCAGUUCAAGGAUAUGCCCAAAAACAUAGUGGUCAUAGAUGAUGACAAAAGUGAAACCUGUAAUGAAGAUUUGGCAGCAGCUGCUGAUGAAAAGUCAUUAGAACGAGUCUCACUAUCUGCAGAAAGUCUCCUGAAAGCAACCUCUGUUCGUGGUGGGAAAAACUCAUCUCCUCUAAACUGCUCCAGAGCAGAGAAGGGUGUAGCGAGAGUUGUGAAUAUCACUUCCCCUGGUCAUGAUGCUUCGUCCCGGUCUCCUACUACUACCACAUCUGUAUCAGCAACAGCAGCCCCAAGGACAGUUCGUGUGGCAAUGCAAGUUCCUGUUGUAAUGACGUCAUUGGGCCAGAAAAUUUCAACUGUGGCAGUUCAGUCAGUUAAUGCAGGUGCACCAUUAAUAACCAGCACUAGUCCAACAACAGCAACCUCUCCAAAGGUAGUUAUUCAGACAAUCCCUACUGUGAUGCCAGCCUCUACUGAAAACGGAGACAAAAUCACCAUGCAGCCUGCCAAAAUUAUCACCAUCCCAGCUACACAGCUUGCACAGUGUCAACUGCAGACGAAGUCAAAUCUGACUGGAUCUGGAAGCAUUAACAUUGUUGGAACCCCACUGGCUGUGAGAGCACUUACUCCUGUUUCCAUAGCCCAUGGUGCACCUGUAAUGAGGCUAUCAGUGCCUACUCAACAGGCAUCUGGCCAGACUCCUCCCCGAGUGAUCAGUGCGGUCAUAAAAGGGCCAGAGGUUAAAUCGGAGGCAGUGACAAUAAAGCAGGAACAUGACGUGAAAACGUUGCAGCUGGUACAAGAAGAAAAACCGGCAGAUGGAAAUAAGACAGUGACACAUGUAGUGGUUGUCAGUGCCCCUUCAGCUAUUGCCCUUCCUGUAACGAUGAAAACGGAAGGACUGGUGACAUGUGAGAAAUAAAAGAGCAGCUCUGCCGUGGACGUUGGACUGUUAGUAAUAGUACUAACAAAUGUUUGCAAGGGAUGUCAUCAAGAAAAGUCAAAAGGAGACUUUAAAACAUUUUAAUGCAUAUAGGAAAACAAUCAAACCUACUGGAAAUAAGUUACCUAUCCCAUGUUUCAGUGGGAAAUGAACUACAUAUUGAGAUGCUGACAGAAAACUGCCUCUUACCUAGGAAACAACUGAACCCAUCAAUAAAGGAUUGAAAGGGACCAAGCAACUCACUACAAUAUCAAGUUACACUAAGACUUGGAACACUAACAUUCUGGAUGUCUCAAACAAGAACCUAAAAGGAUAGAGUGAACAUUAUUUCCCUCCCCUACAGAGCAAAAGGCUCUGUCAUUCAGCCUGGGUGUGUAGUGGGCUGUACUGCAGUUUUUGUAAGUACACGAUAAUGCUCACAUGAUGCUGAAACCCGCUAAUGAUGCAUUUCUCAGAACCUGUCCCUAUCUGUAAGUGGCUGGUGACUAUAUUGUUGGACACCUGAAAUUCACAUAUUGACUUUCAUUCUCAUUCAGAUUUGUUUACUCAAGGCUGUCGUGAUCUCUCAGGUUGGUGUACUUUGGGGUACGUAAACAAUAUUUAAUGCCUGUACAUAAGUAUUCUAAUUAGUGUUUCUCAGCAACAUGAUCACUAUUAGCCAUGCUAAGAUUUGAACCAAAUAGUAUGGAUGUUUUUUGUGCUUGCCAUUCCUUCCAGGUAGUCCCAAGAGUUUGUUUACAAUGUACUGAGAAACGUUUGUUUCAAAAGUGGUUCCAGUGCAGAAUACUUGGGUGAACCAUUUUGGGAGCUCCAACAUUGGCACUGAGAGAUACCAUCUUACAUAAGCACAGCAAAGAUGUCUUCAAUGUGCAGCUAUAGAUCUGCUUUAGAAAUUCUGUGUGUAAAUGAAUAGUGAACCCACCAUGUUAACAGUAUAAAAAUAUCAAACCACCCUAGCUGGUUUAGCUGUGGACAGAGCGUUGGCCUGUGGACUGAAGGGUCCUGGGUUUGAUUCCUGGUCAGCACAUAUGCCUGAGUUGUGGACUCGAUUCUCAGUGUGGGGCCUGUAGGAGGCAGCCAGCCGAUAAAUGAAUCUCUCAUCAUUGAGGUUUCUAUAUCUCCCUCUACCUUCCUCUCUGAAGUUGGUAUAAAAGAUCAAACCUACCAGAUUCUUUUUAGGCUAAAAAUACAAGCUAUUACAGUACUAGUUUUAAAAGACGAUUUAUUAAUUUUAAAUAUAUACAACUCAUGGAUUAAAAUAUUUAUUACCAAUAGGUUAUUUGCUGGGAUUUUGCUUGGAAGGGGCUUCACCUGUUACCUUGACCGCAUUUUUUUUUUCCCAAUGAAAGAAUUCCAGGUUAUCUUUCCUUUUACAUUUCUUUCUAGACACUUUGAAUAGCCUUGUGAACAGGCUUUCUAGUUACCCAUCUCUGAAAAGGGCCCACUGAUUUUACUAGAAAAGCACAUUCCAAUACAAAUCACUGUGACAUUGGCCACUUAUGUAUACCAAUAGCAUUCCAACAGAAAACUGUAAAAGUAACAGUGAUUAAAUAACAAAGACCAACUGGUCAUGGGAUCUCUUCAAGAAAUACAAUGGGAACAUGGAGGCACAGCAAGAAUUGUUAUGAAGAACUUAUCAAGGCCAGCUAUUUCCAUUUAAAA